AUGACUGUGAUCACACGAUUGGCUGAUUUUCUUGUUUAUUUGUCUUUUUCAAUAUUUCUUGCUGUCAGUUUUGCCAUUUUCUUUACACAUUAUAGGAGUGGUAAGAAUAAAACCAAGAAAGUUCCACCAGGGCAAAUGGGAAUUCCCUGGAUUGGUGAAACAAUAGAUUUCUACAAAGCUCAAAGGAAGAACAGAUUAUUUGAGGAUUUUGUUGAGCCCCGGAUUCAAAAAUACGGUAAAACAUUCAAAACGAGGCUUAUGGGCUCGCCUACGGUGGUGGUAAAUGGAGCUGAAGCCAACAAGUUCUUCUUGUCUAAUGAAUUUAAGUUGGUGAUAAGUUCAUGGCCUACUUCAUCUGUCCAGCUCAUGGGAAAGGACUCUAUAAUGGAGAAACAGGGCGAUGCACACCGGUGCCUUCGUGGGAUUGUGGCUGCCAGCCUUAAUUCUACUGGCCUAGAUGCUCUGGUGCCUAUAAUUUGCAAAACAGUUGAAGCACACAUGGAAAAAUAUUGGCACGGGCACGAAAAAGUUAGCCUGUUUCAUCUGACAAAAGUUUUGACAUUUACCAUUGUACUCAAAUGCUUGUUUGGAAUUGAAGUGAAACCGGGCAUGUUAGAAACAUUCGAGAGGGUUUUAGAAGGCGUAUUUGCUCUCCCUGUCAAUUUUCCGGGCUCCAAAUUUUCAAGUGCAAAGAGGGCAAGAGAAGAGAUAAAAGAAAUGUUGCGUGAUGUUAUAAGGAAAAACCGAGAGGAAAUGGAAAACCAGAUAGAAGACGAAGGAGAAGGAGAAGGAAUUCUACUUUCUCGAUUAGUGGCAGCACUUAUUCGUGGUGAAAUUACUGAGGCUGAGGUUAUAGAUAAUGUGGUUUUGUUAGUUUUUGCAGCACAUGAUACUACUUCUUUUGCCAUUGCCAUGACAUUCAGGAUGUUGGGGCAUCAUCCCAAUUGCUAUUCUACUCUCCUUCAAGAACAUGAUGAUGUACUAAGAAGCAAAAGACCAAAUGAAGUUCUUACAUAUGAAGACAUGAACAAGAUGAAGUAUACCUGGCAAGUUGCUCGCGAGAGCAUGAGGAUUUUCCCUCCCAUUUUCGGGUCCUUCAGAAAAGCAAUCGACGAUAUAGCGUAUGAUGGCUACACAAUUCCAAAAGGAUGGAAGGUGCUUUGGACUACAUACGGAACACAUUAUGACGAAGAGUAUUUUCACGAUCCUCUGGCUUUCAACCCAGGAAGAUUUGAUGAACCGGUUCAACCAUAUGCUUUUCUACCAUUUGGUGGAGGACCAAGAUUAUGUGCUGGAUACCAACUCGCCAAGUUAAAUAUCCUUAUAUUUGUACAUUACGUAGUAACUCGAUACGAUUGGUCUUUAAUAUCUCCUGAAGAGCCAAUUACCAUAGAUCCACUUCCAUUUCCUUCUCAAGGAAUGCCCAUAAAAAUAUCUCCCAAGUUAGCAUGA